AUGACCAUGUUUGAAAAUGUCACCCGGGCCUUGGCCAGACAGCUAAACCCUCGAGGGGACUUAACACCCCUGGACAGCCUCAUUGAUUUCAAGCGCUUUCACCCCUUCUGCCUGGUGUUGAGGAAGAGGAAGAGCACACUGUUCUGGGGGGCCCGCUAUGUCCGCACCGACUACACCCUUCUGGAUGUGCUUGAGCCAGGCAACUCACCCUCAGAUCCAACAGACUCUGGGAACUUUGGCUUUAAGAAUAUGCUGGACGCCCGAGUGGAGGGAGAGGUGGAUGUACCAAAGACGGUGAAGGUGAGGGGGACUGCCGGGCUCUCCAGGAACAGCACGCUGGAGGUCCAGACACUCAGUGUGGCUCCCAAGGCCCUGGAGUCCUUGCACGAGGAGAGGAAGCUGGCAGCAGAUCACCCUUUCCUGAAGGAGAUGCGAGAUCGUGGUGAGAAUCUGUAUGUGGUGAUGGAGGUGGUGGAGACGGUACAGGAGGUCACUCUGGAGAGAGCCGGCAAGGCAGAGGGCUGCUUCUCCCUCCCGUUCUUUGCCCCACUGGGGCUACAGGGAUCUGUAAACCACAAGGAGGCUGUAACCAUCCCCAAGGGCUGCGUCCUAGCCUUUCGAGUGAGACAGCUGAUGGUCAAUGGCAAAGAUGAAUGGGAUAUUCCCCACAUCUGCAAUGAUAGCAUGCAAACCUUCCCUCCAGAAGGUAAGCUGUCAGUUGAAGGACUGGUGUGUAUAUUUCCUGUCCUCAUAGGGGAGGUACAUGAGGAUUUUGGGACACUGAAAGAAGAGGUUCAGAGAGAGACCCAAGAAGUGGAGAAGCUGAGUCGAGUGGGGCAAAGUUCCCUGCUCAGCUCCCUUAGCAAACUUCUAGGGAAGAAAAAAGAACUCCAAGACCUGGAGCUUGCACUUGAAGGGGCUCUAGACAAGGGACAUAAAGUAACCCUGGAGGCACUCCCAAAAGAUAUCGUACUAUCAAAGGAGGCUAUGGAUGCUGUCCUCUAUUUCCUUGGAGCCCUAACAGUGCUGAGUGAAGCCCAACAGAAGCUUUUGGUAAAGUCCAUGGAGAAAAAGAUCCUACCAGUGCAGCUUAAGCUGGUGGAGAGCAUGAUGGAACAGAAUUUUCUGCAGGAUAAAGAGGGCAUUUUCCCCCUGCAACCUGAGUUGCUCUCCUCCCUUGGUGAAGAGGAACUGACCCUCACAGAAGCUCUAGUGGGGCUGAGUGGCCUGGAAGUGCAGCGAUCAGGCCCCCAAUACACGUGGGAUCCAGACGCCCUCCCCCACCUUUGUGCCCUUUACGCUGGUCUCUCCCUCCUUCACCUGCUAACUAAGGCUUCCUAA